CUCCAUACUGCUAGAAUCAUUUACUUGUUGACACUCGGACCUUUGGGUGAACUUCCCAGCAUAUCUUUUUGGCCUGGUAGUCUGUCGCAAUCGCAGUACAUCUUGGUUAUCACUGGCAUUCCUCAUACGAGUCUCGAAACACCACACCGCUGCAUCCUGACACCACUUAUUGGCCUGCCGGGGGUCUUUCGCCUUAUUGUCUUACAAAACACUCCUACAUCCAGUCUGCGAGCCACCCAUCUGACAUGCAGCCAUGGUGCUGCUGGAGAAGCAAUGGGUGAACGUACAAGAAAAGACGUUUACAAAAUGGUUAAAUAAUAAAAUCGUUUCCCGCGAAGUCGCCGUCAAGAGUCUGGUCACCGAUCUCUCCGAUGGUAUUAUCCUUAUUCAUCUCCUCGAAGUCCUCAGCAAUGAAUCUCUCGGUCGUUAUGCCUCCAACCCUCGUCUGCGGGUGCAGAAGUUUGAGAAUGUCAACAAGUCGCUCGAGUUCAUCAAGAGCCGGGGUAUUCAGAUGACAAAUAUCGGUGCAGAAGAUGUCGUCGAUGGAAACAGGAAGAUUAUACUCGGUCUGAUAUGGACCCUUAUUCUACGCUUCACCAUCUCGGACAUCAACGAGGAGGGCAUGACGGCCAAGGAAGGCCUCCUGCUGUGGUGCCAACGGAAGACUGCCUGUUACGAGGGAGUCGAGGUACGAGACUUUUCCUCCUCAUGGAAUGAUGGCCUUGCAUUCUGCGCUCUCUUGGAUAUUCACAGGCCCGAUCUAAUCGACUUUGACACUUUGGAUAAAUCGGAUCACAAGGGAAACAUGAAAUUAGCCUUCGAUAUUGCUAGCAAGGAGAUUGGUAUUCCAGACCUGCUCGACGUGGAAGACGUUGCAGAUGUACCCAGGCCCGAUGAGAGGUCGCUCAUGACGUACAUUGCAUACUGGUUUCAUGCGUUUAGUGCCAUGGAGCGAGUAGAAAAUGCCGGGCGUCGGGUGGAGAAAUUCGUCAGCAACAUGCAAGGUGCCUGGGAGAUGGAAACUGCCUACGAAAAGAGAAUGCGCGCUUUGCUCCACCAUAUCAGACAGCAGCGGCAGUCGUGGCAUACUUCGAGAUUCGAAGGCACAUACGCAGACGCCAAGUCGCAGGCCAAUGAGUUGGCCAGUUUCAAACGAAACCAGAAAAGGAAAUGGGUGGCGGAGAAGUCAGACGUCGCAGCCUUGCUGGGGAAUAUCAAGACCAAGCUAUCCACGUAUCGCCUACGACCGUACGAACCACCAGCUGAUCUGCGGCUGGAGGUGCUGGACCACGAAUGGGCGGCACUGGGCACGGACGAGCAUGCACGAAGCAAAUUGAUCAAUGAGACAAUACGAGAUAUCAAGAAUGCUCUGAGACGGAGCUUUGCCGACAAGGCCAAUGACUUUGCUCUCACGCUGAACACCUUGUCGUUGGCGGUCUCUGGCCUGGAAGGCGACGUCGAGGAUCAAUUGCAACACGCCAAGCGACUGUCGGCCAACCUCGCGCCUCUCGAGCAGUACCUGGAAGGAAUAGCUAUCCUGGACGAGAAGUGCCAAGAGGCAAACAUUGACGAAAACGACUAUACAACCUACACAUACGACGAACUCAUGUACGAGCUGAGCCUGGUCAAGACGAGCGUACAGAAAAAGUUGACGUUUUUGGAGAACCAGAUGGUGGCUAGAAACAUGACCAACCUGACUCCGAUCCAGCUUGAAGAGUUCGAAUCCGUCUUUCGGCACUUUGACCGCGAAGGCAACAACACGUUGUCCGAGCUGGAAUUCAGCGCUGCCCUGGCCAGUCUGGGCCUGGUGUACGACGAGGAAGAAAUGCACGACAAGUACCUCGAGGUUUGCCACACGGGCAUCGACCCGUCAAUGUCUCCCGUGUCCCGACGCCAAAGGGAGGCGAGGGGAGUCGGGUUUGAGCAGUUCAUCCGGUUCAUGGUGUCCGUGACGGAGGAUCAGAACAGCGCCGAGCAAGUCUUCCAGUCGUUCCGCGAGGUGGCAGACGGCAAGCCUUACGUGACGGAGAUGGACCUUCGACACUCACUCAUCCCUGAUGAACUGAUCGAGGACCUCCUCCACAGCAUGCCGGAACACAGGGGCCCGGAUUUGGAAGUGGACCGCGACGUUCCCAAGUACGAUUACAUUUCGUUCAUGCAGGGCAUGAUGGACGGACAAAACAGUCAAGCACAACCUCACCAAAAUCAAAAUCAAACCCAGCGCGACAGCAGCCGGAGCCCGACCAACGGCGUGGCAACUCCUACUACGCCUAGACGAUGAAGACGCACUCUCUGGGGGGUUUCCUGCCACUAAUACUGACCAUACUUCACUCUCGUCCUCCUCAUCCUCGAUAUUCUCCUAUCCUUAUCCGUACCCUCCCCCCCCCUCUCUCUCUUGAAGCUUUUUUUUGGAUAUUCCAUUGGGGCCCGGGGUGGGGUUCUACAAAUUCAAGCGUAGCGUUAUAUUACUGAUUCGUUUGUUUGGAAUUUAAGAGUCUUUGGAGAGCAGGCGAAAGUUUGUCGGUUUGGAAUUUUUUGUUUGGGCAUGACACGACCGAGGAACCGACACCAACAAAGUAUGAGAUAGCAGCGAUGGAAAAUCACAAACACGCAAGACGUACUCUGUACUCGGGUACAGAGUACAAAGUACAAAGUACAUAAUAAUACCCAUUUCUUCC